GUAAGAGGAGAAAGAGCAUCGUACAGUAGCAUGGAUUUGAGAAACGAACAGGAUGAGGAGAAAAGAGAAACACCUGCAGUUGCAGGAUACUGUCACACUUGUCAACUGACAACUCAUGUGGCUGUUGUUAUGGCAACAUCAAUUCUGGUGAUAGGACUUCUAAUGGGUUUGGUAUUAUUUGUCACGUGGACAAGAGCACCAGAAGUGGAUCAGACCGCCAAAACGUCAGGCCAUGAGCUGAUGGAGAGGCUGCUGCAGUGCCAAAGAGAGCGCCAGGAAGUGAACCUGAUGCUCCACACCGUAACUCAAGAUGCCAUGUGCAGUGUGUGUCCUGACGGCUGGCUGUGGUGGGGGGGUCACUGCUACUUCCUCUCAGUGGGACAGCAAGAUGAUCGUAGCUGGAUCGAGAGCUCAGAGUUCUGCCUGCAGCUCAACAGCAGCCUGGCCGUCAUCAGAGACCCCGCAGAGAUGGAGUUUAUCCAAGGUGUGAUGAGACGGUUCCCUCUCUUCCCCUUCCUGUGGGUGGGACUGACGGACGCUCAGCAGGAGGGGCUGUGGCUGUGGGGGGACGGGGGGGACGUCCAGCAAUAAAUGCCGGUGACGGUGGAGUGGGAUGCUGAAGACAGGGACUGUGCAGACCUGCGGGGGGGCGGCAGUCUCUUUGCCUCCAGCUGUGAGGCUUACGGACCCUGGGCUAGUAAGAGAGGCUCCUGACACACAUGUAAACACAUUUUACAUUUAUUUAAAAUAUAAAACAUUUGAAUAAAUAUAAAUUGUCAUGCAAAGAGAAGAACAUCAGCAUUGUAAUAGGGUCCAAGUAAAAUGUACAAAGAUUUACAUUGUAGAAUGAAAAAACACAUAUUACAGUAUGUAUAUAAAUAUUUAUUGCCGGUCUGAAAGUGCAUUAUAAAGUGCAUAGAUACGGGAUGUGGGAUCUUUCAUGUCCACACAUAAAUAAGGAAAUUCUGAAAAAAUUAAGUGUAAUUUUCCAAAAAUUCCAUGGUUUAAAAUAAAUACUUGACACAAA